CUUUGGCAUCUUCUGUUUUCAGGUCGAUCAGAUGGCUGAAAAGAAUACAAGAUGUUGUUAUCUCUUAACCUUGGCUGCUGCAAGGAUUUUUCUUAUUUCUGCAGGAAGGCUCAAGCUCGACAAACAGUCUGUACAAGAAGGAGAAAGUGUCAUUUUCAGGUGUUUUGGGUCCCUUGGGAAUACAAAUCUCAUGAGUGGAGGUCAUUUCUUUCUCUACAAAAAUGGGCAGCCUUUUCGUAAAAUGGAAAGAACUGCAAGUGAUCAAAUUGGCAUCCUUACCCUAGAGCGAAUUACAAAGACGAAUGCGGGGAUGUACUCAUGUGCACAUGAAAAAGAAAAUCCAGAGAACUUGAAAUUUAUUGAUGAUAGCAACUCAGUGAUCCUGGAAGUGAAAGAGUCUGUGGAUUCACUUCUUCUUACAGCAACGAAAAAGUCUUCAGACCAAGGAGUGAAUGUAAUUUUCACGUGUCUAAUUUCCAUAAGUGCAAGACAAAAUAUCAAAUUUAGUAGGAAAGGACAUUUUGAGCUUCACAAGAACGGCAAAGUUAUCGAUUCAGUCAAAGACAAGAUGGUGUAUGCAGCGACUUUUAAUUUGAAGAAUGUCAGUGAGACUGACCAGGCCGAUUAUGUGUGUGUCUACAAAGACGGCGAGCUCUCCAUUAAGAGCAAACCAACUUCCUUUCAAGGCCGAGGUAAGUGUUCAGUUCACUUGUAGUGCAAAGACAUUUUGAGUUGACCCAAACACAAGUAAUUCUGUUGAAGAAAAUGCAUUUGA